AGAUGGUUGUAAUUUAGGUAUAGUUUAACCCUUUUUUUUUAAUUUCAUUCCAUCCGUUGGAGAAUUGUUUGUUUGUUGCAAGGAUGGGAAAGAAGGAAAGUGGAAUUUGGCAGUUUUCACAUCGUCGGGCACCAAAUGAGAUGCUCAUUUUGCCUUCCGAGUCCUCAAGAACGGCCGCUCGAUCAAUAAACAAACACAGCCCAAGAGCAGAAAAUGUCAGCUAUUUUUGUAUCGUCCCUCGCAGUUGCUAGUUUUAGUGCGUCCCAGUCAAGAAAACCUCAGAAACCCAUUAAAAUUUGCGCCAAAAGUCUGCGUUUUGGGGGACUAUUCGGUCGCAGACAAUCUGUUUGUUGGGCUACUUUGAGAAAUCAGAGUAUUAUGACGAAUCCUAUUGAAGUUCGUAUAACUGAUGAGGGUGUUAAAGCUUUUGAGCAGGAAGCCCUUGUGGAAGACUCAACGAAUUUGGGGGCUGGUGGGCUUGAAGCUACUCUCAAUGGUUUGAGCAAGUGGUUUGUCUCAGCACUUUUUGCUGCAAUCAUCCUCUGGAGGCAUGAUGCCGAAGCAUUAUGGGCUGCUAUGGGUGCUGUUCUCAAUGCUGUGCUCUCGAUCACACUUAAGAAAGUACUAAACCAAGAAAGGCCAAUAUCUACGUCAAGAUCAGACCCGGGAAUGCCUUCUUCUCAUGCGCAGUCCAUCUUCUAUACUAUAACAUUUCUCAAUCUGUCAAUGCUAGAGUGGUACGGGGUGAAUGCACUUACGGCAACACUAAGCGGAUUUUUUUUAAUUGUUGGUUCUUAUUUUUCAUGGCUACGGGUUUCUCAACGACUUCAUACACUUAGCCAGGUCAUCGUGGGAGCUGUUCUCGGAUCCUUUUUCUCCAUUUUCUGGUCCUGGUUAUGGAAUAGCUUCAUACUAAAAUUUUUCAUAUCCUUCUUGUGGGUUAGAAUUGUGGUUAUUCUUGGUGCAAUCGGAUACUGUUCGGCUUUUCUUAUCCACGUUUAUCGUACCUGGAUUCUGGAAGAACUAUGAUUGUUGGUAUGGGGUUCCAGAUUGCAUCUGCUAGAUUUAUUCUUACUUUUCUUUUUUAAUAGAUAUUAGUAACAGGAUCCAAAGUUCAUUUUGAUGAGCAAGGAUAAAAUCUAUGGUGAUUGUUCACUUUCUCUGUCUGCACAUACUUUUGGUAGUUUUACUUCGUUUUUCUCAUUC